AGCAACUGAAUUCCACCGCUCGUCAUGUUUUUCGCAUUUACUAUUUUAUUUUAAAAUAGGUUUCCAAAUGGGAUUAUUCCACCCGACCGUUUAUUUUCUAGCUCCGGCUUUCUCUUUUCAUGGACGUGGUCUCGCGUCGCAUCAUUUCGCCGCGGAGGGGGAGAAACUGCCUGUGCGCCCCAUCGACGACCGCGCGCUCCGACGCCGGGGCAUCCUCUCCGCCCUCCAACGCCCACGAUCCCUAACCCCAUACCUCGCCUAGCACCCGGCGGUGGCGCCCUGUCGGCGAGGUGCCUCGGGAUCCGUGUGUCUUGCUUCGGUCUGGGCGGCUGCUGCUGCCGCUGCCGGGACAAUCAUCAUGAAGACCCUUUUCAAGUCGAAGCCACGGAUCCCGGCCGAGUUGGUGCGGCAUACGAGGGACCUCCUCGUCUACGUCGACGCGAACCCCAAACCCCGCGACGGCAAGCGGGAUGAGAAGAUGAUCGAACUGUGCAAAUAUAUUCGGGAAUUGAAGUUUAUUCUUUAUGGUGACAAUAAAACGGAGCCAGUUGCUGAUGCUUGUGCACAAUUGACCCACGAGUUCUUUAGAGAGAACACCCUACGUGUAUUAAUUGUUUGUAUUCCAAAGUUGAACUUAGAAGUUCAAAAAGAUGCAACUCAAGUUGUAGCAAAUUUGCAAAGGCAACAAGUUAAUUCACGACUAAUUGCAGCAGAUUAUUUGGAAGCUAAUACAGAUCUUUUGGACCUUCUAAUUUCAGGGUACGAAGACAUGGAUAAUGCUUUACAUUAUGGAUUGAUGCUUAGAGAAUGCAUCCGACAUCAAUGUGUAGCGAGGUAUAUUCUAGAGUCUAAUCAAGUGAAUAAGUUCUUUGAUUAUAUUCAGAACCCAAAUUUUGACAUUGCUGCAGAUGCCAUUAAAACUUUGAAGGAGCUAAUGACAAGGCAUAAAUCAACUGUUGCAGAGUAUCUUUCCAAAAAUUUUGACUCUUUUUUUACAGAAUUUAACUCGAGAUUGCUGUCAUCUCCUAAUUAUCUCACCAAAAGGGCAUCUGUCAAGCUUUUGGGUGACAUGUUACUGGAUCGAUCAAAUUCUGCAACAAUGGUGCGCUAUGUCAGUUCAAAGGACCAUCUUAUAAUUCUAAUGAAUCUUCUCAGGGAAUCAAGUAAAAAUAUUCAGACUGAAGCCUUUCAUGUUUUCAAGCUAUUCGUUGCCAACCAAAAUAAGCCACCGGAAAUUGUAACCAUACUGAUCGCAAACAAAAGAAAGCUUCUUCGCUUACUCGACGAUUUGAAGUUAGAUAAAGAAGAUGAGCAAUUUGAAGCCGACAAAGCACAAGUCAUUGGAGAGAUAGCAACUCUUCACUAAGAGAAUGCCUCAUGGUUCAAUAACAACGUUGACUUCCUCAUGUCAGCAAAAUGCUUCGAUCUCGUGGUCAACAAGGGCUGUUAUGUCUAUCAGAUGCCAAGUCAUUGUGCUUCCUCUUUGACUCAUGUUUUUUUUUUUUUUUUUUGCAUUGCUGCUUCACUCAAAAAAGGCAUCAAAUUGCAGAUAUCAUUUCUUGGUCU